AUGGCAUUGGAUAACAAGCCUCCCGAGUCGCAGAAGCUACAAGGUGCAGCUGAUAGCAUGCUUGCCACCAAGCCUGAAGGCAAUGAGAGCUCUGUCGAUGACCAGGCCGAUAUAUCAUCUGAAGAGGACUUCAGCGAUGUUGAUGAAAAAAAGGUAUUGCGGAAGAUGGAUCUUCGCUUGAUCCCCAUGCUUGCAUUGCUUUAUCUUCUUUCCUUCCUGGAUCGAGGAAAUAUUGGAAAUGCAAGAAUUGAAGGGCUUGAGAAGGACUUAAACCUCCGUGGCUCACAGUACAAUUGGUGUUAUUCCUUCCAAUAUCCUAUUGAAGAGACUGAGGCCAUCAAUCUGUAUGGCCGCAUCAGCCCCUUACAUCUAUGUUCAAGAGGUGCUAACGCCAGCGGCCAAGACCUUCCCUCCAUCAUGAUCGCCUGGGGAACGGUGAUGACACUGAUGGGGCUUGUGAAAAACUACAAAGGACUCCUGAUUGCGCGCAUUUUCCUGGGAGUUGCAGAAGCUGGGCUAUACCCUGGUUGCGCAUACUACAUCACCAUGUGGUACUGUUCCAAGGAAGGCCAGCUUAGACAAGCAUUGUUCUUCAGCGCUGCCAGCAUUGCCGGUGCCUUUUCUGGUCUAUUGGCCUUUGCCAUUGCAAAAAUGCAUGGUGUUGGUGGGCUCGAGGGAUGGCGAUGGAUUUUCAUCCUAGAGGGCCUUGCAACCGUUCUCGUCGCUAUUAUGGCCUUCUUUACCAUCUACGAUUUCCCAGAAACUGCGUCAUUCUUUACUGAACGAGAACGGGCAUUCGUGAUCCACCGGUUAAAGCCGAAGCUUUCCAGUGGAAUAAGAGGCCGCAAUCGGAACCUUUUGGAAUACUCGUUGAUAAAUGCUAGUGUUCUGGGGUAUCGUCUGCCCGCUGUCCCCGUCUAUUGCACGGCCGCAAUCAUCGCGAUUGGCUCAGCAUGGGUCGCUGACAAAAGAGGACAACGCUCGCCGUUCAUCCUUUUCUACAUGAGCUGUAUGGCAAUCGGGUUCAUCAUCUGUAUUGCAAGCGCUGGAAGGGGCCUUCCUGGUGUCGUGUACGCUGGAGUGUUCAUUGCUGUGUGCGGACUUUAUCCUGCCUUUCCAGGAAACAUCACCUGGCUCAGCAGCAACUUGGCCGGCAGCUACAAACGGGCAACGGGCAUGGCUAUUCAAAUCGGCAUUGGAAAUCUCUCUGGUGCUAUGGCAUCCAAUUUCUAUCGACCUGGCGAUGCGCCAAAAUACUACACGGGACAUGGCUUGCAGCUAGCAUUUGUGACCACGGGGAUAAUUUCCGUGCUGAUCUUGCGCUUCUCCUAUCAGCGAAUCAACAAGAAGAGGGAUCUCGAGGGAACCGGCGACUUGAGCGAACAACAAUUGGCCGAUAUGGGGGACAAAUCGCCUGGAUUCCGAUACUCUCUAUGA